AUGGAAGAUGUUCAAUCGCACCCAAAUCCAUUUUUACGUGCAACCGUGUGGUCAAGAGUUUCGUUAAGUUGGAUAGUAGACUUAAUUAAUAUUAGUCAUAAACAAGGUAGACUCUACUUUCACAAUCUGUACGACAUUCUUCCACAGCAUAAAUCGAAGCUAUUAACUGGGAAGUUGGAGAAGCGUUGGCUCGAUGAAGUUCACCAUCAUGAAGAUAGCGCAAGUCUACUUCGAGCUACUGCGCAUACGAUUCGAUGGACACCAAUUCUAAUUGGGUUUAUACUUAUUCCUUUAAAAAUAGCGAUGAUUCUUCAGCCGUUGUUGAUUAUUUACAUGAUGAAAUAUUUUGAACCGUGUUCUACAAUGUCUACUUCACUAGCAUAUUUACUUGCGGUGUUCAGUUUUUUACUUUUUCUAUCCAGUAGUUUUUGUCACCAUGCAUUUUAUUAUCUUAUUGAUAUAUUCGCAAUGAAGGUUCGAGUGGCAUAUCAGGGUUUAAUCUAUCAGAAAGUUCUUCGUUUAUCUACACAUUCGUUGAAUGCAUUUGGUUCUGGUCAGAUAACCAACGUGUUUUCGAAUGAUGCUACUCAGAUUGAAAUGGCACUGAUAUCCAUGAACUUCUUAUGGAAUGCCUUGACUGAUAUCAUUGCCAUGACGUUUUUGUUCUGGUAUUUUAUCGAAUAUAUUACAUUAGUUGCAAUUGGAUAUACAAUUAUAACAGUUUUUAUCACAUUUGUAAUCGGCCAUUUUCUAGUGCAUUUUCGAAUCAAAGUUUUAAAAGUGGCUGACGAACGAAUAAAGAUCAUGUCUGAAGUGAUCCGUUCAAUGCGAUUGAUUAAAAUGUAUUGUUGGGAAGUAGCUUUGAAUCGGAAUAUUUCUCGCAUUAGAAAACACGAAAUCAUUCGAUACAUUUUCAUCUUAAUUCUCAAUACUAUUUCUGUGACUUUGUCGAACAUCUAUUCUCACAUGACGUUUUUAAUUAUCAUCGUGCAUGUUAACUUAUUUUGA